UGCAUUUCCUCCGGCGUUUCGCGUAUUUUGCGACGACUGCUUGGCGGCGUUGUUACAAGAUCUCCUCGUUGAUCUUGGUCGAAACCUUUGGUGACCAAAGUGUCCGCGCUUUCGGGUCCGCGACUAUUACCGCCGUUCGCGUGUUCGCGUAGUCCUGUGGGCAGCAAGUUGCCGCCGUGCGCUACUGCAAAAGGGUGUCUGUUCUACCCAACACCUCGUGGUUUUCGUUUCGCUUUACGCGGCGCGCUAGUGAGGAAGUGUCCGUAGUGUCGACAAUUGUUCAUCCUUUUUCCUGCGGUGGGUCGAUUGGAAGCGCAAACCGGAUCGCCCAUUUUUAGUGCUCUUUCACCGGAAGUGGAUUGUGUAAUCUAGUUUCCGGAAGCCGAGUGUGUUCGGUAAUCGGUAACCUGCCAUCAUUCUCGGUGCGGCGUAGGUCCUGCAAGCAAGACCAACCUUAUAACUGCCAACAGGCGGCACAAACCAGAAACCAGGUGGUUUACAUACGUGUGUUAAUUGCGUUGGCCGAAGCCACACACAAACACACACGCACUCGCACACCAGCAGGAACAGCAAAGGAAGGCAUCUCUGAUAACAACACCCGCGCAGCAGCAGAAAGCGCUUUUCCUUCCAGUAUGUCGGCGGCAAAUCACCAAAUGGCUGUGAACGGCACGGCCAAUCACAACAGCAGUGACAGUAAUCACACUGCUGCAAACAACACGCACGAACAGAUGCACAAUCGCCGCCAGAACCCGUACACCCAGAAGGUGACCGUGGUGCUGGGUGCCCAAUGGGGCGACGAAGGCAAGGGCAAGGUGGUCGAUAUGCUGGCCGCCGACGCAGACAUCGUGUGCCGCUGUCAGGGUGGAAAUAAUGCCGGCCAUACGGUGGUGGUGAAUGGAGUUGACUUUGAUUUCCACCUGCUGCCCAGUGGGAUCAUUCACGAGAAAUGUAUUUCUAUUAUUGGCAAUGGAGUGGUCGUUCACUUGCCCGGCCUGUUCGAGGAGCUGGCCAAGAACGAGGCGAAGGGAUUGAAGAACUGGACCGACCGGCUCAUCAUCUCCAACCGCGCUCACCUGGUGCUGGACCUGCACCAGCAGGUCGAUGGUUUGCAGGAGGCGGAAAAGGGUGGCAAAUCGCUCGGCACGACCAAGAAAGGCAUCGGCCCGUGCUACUCCAGCAAGGCAACCCGCAAUGGCAUCCGCGUGUCGGAUCUGUUGGGUGACUUCAAGAUGUUCAGUGAAAAGUUUGAGGCACUGGUAGCAAUGUACAAACGACUGUAUCCCGAUUUCUCGGUGGACGUAAAUGCGGAACUCGCACGAUAUCGCGAGUAUGCCGAACGGUUGAGACCGUUGGUGCGCGACUCGGUCUCGUACCUGCACACGUCGCUCAAGGAGGGCAAAAGCGUACUGGUCGAAGGAGCGAAUGCCGCCAUGCUGGACAUUGACUUUGGUACUUAUCCUUACGUGACGAGCAGCAAUUGCAGUAUCGGUGGUGUGCUGACGGGACUGGGCUUGCCACCGCAGUCGAUCGGUGAGGUGAUCGGUGUCGUCAAAGCGUACACGACACGCGUGGGCGAUGGACCCUUCCCGACGGAACUGCUCGAUGAAAUUGGAUCGCUACUGCAGAAGCGUGGUGGUGAGGUUGGCGUUACAACGCAGCGAAUUCGUCGGUGCGGUUGGCUCGAUCUGCCCCUGCUAAGAUAUACCUCCAUGGUCAACGGAUACACCGCUAUCUGUCUGACCAAGCUAGACAUUCUAGAUACGCUCAAGGAAAUUAAGGUGGCUGUCAGUUACAAUCUGAACGGAAAGAAGAUUGAUUACUUCCCCGGUUCGAUCACCGACCUUAGCCAGGUGGAGGUGAACUAUGUGACCGUGCCGGGCUGGCUACAGUGCACGGAGAAUGUGCGCGAUUUCGGCGAGCUGCCGCCCCAGGCCCAAGACUACAUCCGGUUCAUCGAGAGCGAUUUGGAUGUGCCGGUCAAGUGGAUCGGUGUCGGCAAGGGCCGAGAAUCCAUUAUCUGCGUGAAGGAUUAAAGCCGCAGAGCGUACGCGCGCACACAGACACACAUACACACACAUACACAUGAAUUUAUCAAUUCCAUCCUUACCAAAACACAUCACCAUUCGUCCGCACAGGCAGAGGAGUAACCGUUUAUCCAUCGUUGCUGUGUCGCGUUCGCUUCAUUCUUUCUCACGCGUUGUUCCGCGUUCUCCGUGUUAGGGAGAGAAAGAGAGUUAGUAACACGGAAGGGAGUUGCUGUUAUAUUACUGUUGGAAAUGUUCGGCUUUACAGCAUGCUUACUCGAAAAAAAAAAACAAGUUGAGCAACAAAUAAUGGUUGUAAGAAAAAGAGUAAGAAUCAGUACGUAUUGUAAGCAGCAGGUAUGUAAGCCGUGAACCAUGUAAAGGGCCCAUGAGGCAGAAUAGCGGUGGGAUGGAUAUUGUUUAGAAAUUGUUGGUGCUUUGGAGUGAUUAAGUAUACGCAACAACAACAAAAAAACUACCAUUUAAUGGUUAAAUCACCUAUUUGAUUUACUAAGCAAAACCAACUCCCACAAGUGUCUGCGUGCCCACCCAGCCUAGAGCCCAUUUACAAUAUAUACAUAUAUCGGUGUGUAUGUGUGUGUGUUGUUUGUAAACAGAAGAAGAAAAGAAAAAUCAAAAUAAAUGAAAUGUAAAGCAGCUUCACAAGAAGUUCCCCCCAAAGGCAAGAGCGAAAUAGUUUAGUGGCAAAGCCUACGCACAACGUAUUGUAACCGAAAUAAGCCUCCACACAGGCACACAGAGAGCUAUAAAGAGAGUGAGACAGAGAGAUAGAUGGAUAAUGUGAAGUGAAAAGAAGCAAAGCCUAAAGGACCCCCCCCCACCCCAAAAACUCCCCAACCUCCGCAAAACAAUAGAGAACAAUGGUAAGGAUGCGCAAACAAAGCAAAAACACAAAGAACCCGAAUUAUUAACAGCUUACGACGCUUAUUUAUCCAUUUACCUACUGCACUGGUAAAUGGAAUGUGCAGCUAUUGGGCUGAAACCAAGCUAAAGGGGUGUGCAUAAACAUAUAAUUUAGACAAAGAGGCAACUCAAUCUUGCGUCACUACACACCAAGGCAAAACACUAAAAUGUACAGUGUGAAAAGAUAACACUUGUACCAUAAAAAAAAAAACAAAACAAAACAAAAGUGCACAGCGCAUAA